UCCGGUGAGGGUCGUCUCCCCAGGGCCCGUGAGUGCACAAGCUAGGGGCCUGCGCGGGCAGCAUCGAGGCUUUGGAGGUUGGAGUGUGGACCGGAGGGACCUGGAGGAGAAGACCGAGUGUUGAAUAAGCACAUAUCAGUAUACAAGCAUGGAUGAAGAGCCUGAGAGAACUAAGCGGUGGGAAGGAGGCUACGAGAGAACCUGGGAAAUUCUUAAAGAAGAUGAAAGUGGAUCACUUAAAGCCACGAUAGAAGACAUUCUCUUCAAGGCGAAGAGGAAAAGAGUGUUUGAGCACCAUGGACAGGUCCGACUUGGAAUGAUGCGCCACCUGUAUGUGGUAGUAGACGGCUCGAGAACAAUGGAGGAUCAAGAUUUAAAGCCCAAUAGGCUGACUUGCACUUUAAAGUUGUUGGAAUACUUUGUAGAAGAAUAUUUUGAUCAAAAUCCUAUUAGUCAGAUUGGAAUAAUUAUAACUAAGAGUAAAAGAGCUGAAAAACUGACUGAACUCUCAGGAAACCCAAGGAAACACAUAGCAUCUUUGAAGAAAGCUGUUGAUACGACCUGCAGUGGAGAACCGUCUCUCUACAAUUCCUUAAGCAUGGCUAUGCAAACCCUGAAACAUAUGCCUGGACAUACAAGUAGAGAAGUACUAAUCAUCUUUAGCAGCCUGACAACCUGUGAUCCAUCUAAUAUUUAUGAUCUCAUCAAGACCCUGAAGGCAGCUAAAAUCAGAGUGUCUGUUAUUGGAUUGUCUGCAGAGGUUCGAGUUUGCACUGUACUUGCUCGUGAAACUGGUGGUAUAUAUCUCCAUUCUCCAAUAAUUAUAGUUACUGUUUAUAAAGGAUUUCCUCAGCAUACCAUUGCUUCUUUGUCUGAUCAGGAUGCAAAACCAUCCUUCAGCAUGGCGCAAUUGGAUAAUAGCACUGAGCCAGGACUUACAUUGGGAGGCUAUUUCUGCCCACAGUGUCGAGCAAAGUACUGUGAGCUUCCUGUUGAAUGUAAAAUAUGUGGUCUUACUUUGGUGUCUGCUCCUCACUUGGCACGAUCUUACCAUCAUUUAUUUCCUUUGGAUGCUUUUCAAGAAAUUUCCCUAGAAGAAUAUAAUGGAGAAAGGUUUUGUUAUGGAUGUCAGGGGGAAUUAAAAGACCAACAUGUCUAUGUUUGCACAGUAUGCCAAAACGUUUUCUGUGUGGAUUGUGAUGUUUUUGUUCAUGACUCUCUCCACUGUUGUCCUGGCUGUAUUCAUAAGAUCCCAACUCCUGCAGGUAUUUGAUUCCAACAUGUAGGACACACACGGAGUGGGUUAAGAAAGCUUGUAACUUAAAUAAAAUGAUUCUUUGAAUAAAUCAAUUCUCUAAUUAAAACAUGAAAACACUUUGAAAGAAGAAUCUGACUUCAGAAACUUUUGCUAUGAACUUUUUUCUAUAAAAGAAUAUUUUUAUUUAUAUUCUAUUAAAAA